CCCUGUGGUGAACUGCAGUUUGAACUUAUGCCUACUAUUGAACUCUCAUUCAGCUCUGCAGCUGUGUAAUAGACAGACUCAGAGCAAACGGGAAGUUUCUGAGAAACAGACGAGGGCAUAAAGAUCACGAAGAGCACCGAAACAGGAAGGACGCUGUGGAGUCUGAGUGGUGCGUUUAUGUAGAGCGUGAGUGUGAUUUUGUGACUUUGUGGUCUGCUGAUGUGUUAACAUAACUUCUCACAAGCGGAGCACACUUCAGUUCCUCCUGUGCUGCGCGUCUGUCUGCAGGAAACGCAUUACACUGCCGGACACCCAGACUGCAGAGUCUGCAGCCAUGAGUCGGCGUCGGGUUUCGGUCAAAGACCUGGGAGCGGUGGACUGUCAGGGAUGGCUGCACCGGAAGAAGGAGAGCCGUAGCUUCCUGGGAAGCAGAUGGAAGAGAUACUGGUUUGUCCUGCAGAGGAGCUCUCUGUACUGGUACAGUAACGAGAUGGCUGAGAAAGCUGAUGGAUUCAUUAACCUGUCAGGCUUUACCAUUGAACAGGCCAAAACCUCCAGGAAGAAAUAUGUCAUAACAGCCAGUCAUCCUAAUGUAGUGACUAUUACUAUUGGUGCUGAGAGCUACAUAGAAAUGAAUAAGUGGAUCAGUAAACUGACAGAAGCAGCUGAACUAGAUGAGGCAAUCAACAGUGAAGAGCGCUACAGUGAGGGGAGUGAUCAGGAUGAAGAAGACUUGUCGUUUUCUUCUCUUGACUCUCAGCUGGAUUCAGUGGCCACCCAAAAUGGAAACCGUCUUCAGCCACCCUGGGAGUCGUUAUCCUGCACCUCACUCCCCACCGUCUCAUCAAUAAUCACUGAAAGCAGAAGCAGAACCAGCUCGGCUGGAAGCUCUAUGAGCAAAAACCGAAGACAAAGACCAGUUUCUGAGGGCAGCGGUCGUCUGUCCUGGCUGGACCUCCCCAAGCAGGAUGAAACCAGCGGAACACAGACUCCUCCUCUAAUUCAUGUUAGAGAGGAAAAAGAGGAGGACACAGUCCAGGAAAAAACGCCAGAUGAGAUGGAGAGCCUCUACAACCAUCUGAAAGCAGCCAGCGUCAAUCCAACUGGACAGACAUUUCAGAGGGACUUCAGGGCCUCAUUUAUCCGGCGAUGUAAGAAUGAAAAAGUCAACGAAAAGGUUCACCUGGUCCGGAUACUCAAAAGCACAUUAAAGGCUAAAGAGUCCGAGCUGCUGGCUUUGGAGAAGAUCCUGAAUGAACCAAAUCUCACAGCGCUCAUGUACAGGGAGUGGAGACUCUCCAACACCAUCCUGCUGCAAGAUAUCCUUCAGCACAACCAGGAAGCGGAGGGUGCCACAAGCCCAGACGGAAUAGUGUCUGAGAUUUUAGAGCUGCCCAACACUGCUGUACAGUAACGUUAUGAAGUCUGAAAGACACUGAAAGACAAAAAUGUCUAAACCCCACCAUCAUCCUGUGAUGAGAGGAAGUUGGUUCCUACUCUGGAUUGAAUAACGAUGCUACAAGUUUACUCGAGGUUAACCUUUAAAUGCUUUUCACCUCACUUCUUUUCAUGCAGCAGAUUGGGAUGUUUGUAGGUCUUUAAAGCUCAGGAAACACUGUUUUUAAUUUCAAGCCAAA